AUGGGAAAGAACCUCGUUCCUACAUUGUUGGCCGAUACUUGUUAUGCCAUUCAUUCCCGAUAUGAGAAGGGUGGUGGUGCUAUUACUUGUUGCCUUCAGUUGUUGUUCAUCUGGUUCCUCUCUUUGUUGCCUAGCAAAGGACCUUUUGUGAAAACAAGGGAAACACUCAAGUUGACCCAAAGGAUCAUGUCACUUACUUCCUAUGAUAUCCAAUGGCAAAGGUACCGAAUUAAUGUUUCCGAGGUGAUAGUUGGGUGCGGUGAGUUCAAUAAUGUUCUGUUGGUUGGUACUAGGGGUUGCAUCAAUUACAAUCCCGUGGUAUCUUUGCGUCAGUUGGGGUAUACCUUGAAGGACAGGCCGGCGGAUCAUUUGGUAGCAGAGGCGGUCUAUUUUGAGAAGGGGUCGGAUCCGGAGAAAUUGAGAAGGAUAGUUGUGGCUUGGAAAAAGGUUCGUAAGCAUUAUGGAGUUCAUUUAGGGAAGAAAGAAUCGCUUGCUUUGACACCGUAUUUGGAAUGGAUUGUGAAGCGGGUUGGAAAUUUGUUGUUGCCAUAUGACAAAGUUCUGCCACUUCAAAAGCAACCUCCUUUGAUUCUAUCUGAAUUUGUGCCAACAGUACUUUACAAGAAUACUUUGGUUACCAACUACAGAUUCCAUGAAAGAGAACAAGAGACCAACUUGAAAUUCUUUGAAGAGAGAGAGAGGUAA